AUGGUUUUUGAAAAGCUCAGUAUUGAUUUAGAAUCGCCUAACUCUUGCCUUGGAUAUACUGAUAUUGUUGUAACUCAAGUAUAAGAUUUAACAUCACUAGACUACUCUUCAAAGGUUACACAAAAUACAGUAUUUUUAUAUAAUGCUAAUAAUUCUUAGAUAUAUUACCAGUCGAAAUUGUAACCAGGAUUUGAAGAUUACUGGGAACUCCUACAAUAACCAGAUAAAAUAUUCUAUGAGCCAAAGGUGUAUAAAUGUAGAGGAGACUCACCAAGAUUCUUAUCAAACCUUAAGAAUCAAGUAGUCCAGUUACCAAUAUCCUCACCUCAAACUUAUACCUUUGAUUUCCCUUCAGAUUGCUUUAAUAAUGAUCUAUAAUUUACUUGGUCAGUUGAUUUUUAUACAACUCCUCCCUCAUUUAUGACAUUUAGUACUAAUAACAAAAAAGCAACCUUAUCGAUGAAUCCGACAAUUUUAAAUAUUGGGACUUAUAAUGUUAAAGUCAUCUUCACUAACUUAAAAGAUUCUUUGGUUUUUUCUCAAGAUUAUUUCUAAGUUGAAGUAUAUCCAGAGACAUCCUAUACUGAUGUAGUAAAGUGCUUAGAUUGUCCAUCAAGACCAAUGGCUAUGGCUUUUGGAGUAUAAGCUGAUUUUGUAAUUUAUUAUAUGGAUAUUGAUUUGAAUGCUGAUUAUUUUAUACUUUGCGGAAGUAAAUUUAUUGAUGGAAGGGUUCUUAAAACUUCAGAUUAAAAUUUAAGAGCUGAUUAAAUGAUAAUAGAUGUCUAGCAAGGAGAUACUUAUAUUAUGGGUAAAUAAACAGAUACUUUAAUAGCAUUUAAUGAUAUAAAGCAUGUAUUUCUGUUAAAAUUUGAUAGAUUUUAUGAAAUAUAAUUUUUUAGAUUCUAUGAAAAUGGUCCUAGUGAAGGUAGAGAAAUUAUUUUAGACUAAUCUAAUGCUGCAAUUUUUAUGAUUCAUACCUAUCUUUAUUCAGCAUUUAGUAAAAGUUAUUAUGCUGUUGUAAAAGCUGAUUAUAUGGAUGGAGAUAUUGUUUGGGCUUAAACUCUCAGAGAUAACAGCGGUUAAAUAUAUUAAUAAAUUUCAACACCCAAUUAAUAAUUAGGAGUCAGAUCAGUAAAUAAUUAGCUUUAUACAUGCCUUCAUUACCAAACUAGUGGAAUGACUACAAGUGGUACUGAAUUGUACUUAUCUAGACAUGAUCUAGCCACAGGAUUAGUUUCAUCAAGAUUAGAAUUAGGUUUUACUGUUGGUAAUGAUGUAUUUGGAUGUAAUCUAUAAUAUUCAACAUCAUCCUCAUAAUUACUAAUGCAAUAUGGUGGAACAGGAGCAACAUACAUUGCUUUUUUAAAGAUAGAUGUAACACCAAUGACUAUAAAAUCUUCAUUGCUAAAAUUUAAUCUUGCAUUAACAACCAAUAACAAGCAAUUUAUGAUUGAGAAAAACUCAGUAAUAGUUAAUGAUUUUACAACUCCUGCCUGGGAAAGUCCUUGCUCAAGUGGAUCAAUUUAAACUGUUGAUUCUAGUGUUUAUUCUGGAUUUAACUUACCUAAUGGCAUCAAUGGUGAUUAAAGUGUUAACUGGAAAAAUUUGAAUCCAUAUACUAGUAGGCUAGCUAAAAUUUCUUUUAUAGCUAAUUUCUUCACAUAAUUAGUGCAAUUUAGAGCUUACCCUGUGACUAAUACCAGUGCUGACGUUAGAACUAACCCAGGCUCAUGUUCAAAAUAUUCAAAUCCUUCCUUCCCUUAAAUUCAAAAUAGAGUUGGUGGUUACAUAAAUUCUACAGCAGGCUCUAUUCCUGUUAGUAGAAUCAGUUACUCUAUAAUAUUUGAACCAUUUCUAUAAUGCUCAAAUGAUUAAAUUACACAUUAACUUAAAUUAUCAUCUGGUGCUUCUCUGCCAAGUUUUAUGACUUACAAUUCUGCCACAAAUAUCUUGACAAUUACUCCUUCAUCUAAUACUUAUUAAGGAAUAUAUUCAUUAAGAUACUCUGCAAGUCUUAAUUUGUCUCCAACCUCUACAAAUUACACAGAUAUCUAAAUAGAAAUAUCAGGUAACUAAGCGCCUUAUGCACUUGAAGAUUUUCAAACAAAUGUGGUCAUAGAACUUGAUUCUGCAUAAUUUGAGGCAUUUAUUUUGGAUUCCAGUAAUAUUACUCUCAAUCCUACCCCUACUUGGUUUUCUAUUACUUUUUCUAAUUAAGACCAAAUUUCUUUCAGUGUCAUAGAUCCUCCAUAGCCUUUAACCGGAACCUAAACUUAGUAUUACAUAAAAAUAAACAUAUGGGAUGAAUGGAAUACUGCUGCAAAGAGACCUUACUUUAUCAGUUUAAUAGUGAAAGAUAACAAAGCUCCUUAUCUAACAUAAACUGUACCAACAGUGAUCCCAUCAAUCUAUAUCACAUAAUAUUUCGCAUUCAGCUUUCCAUAUUCAUAUGUUACAGAUAGAGAGAAUGAUACAGUAUCAUUUAUCUGUACUACUAGCAAUACAGGCUUAAGUGCGAAUUGGAUAACUAUGUCUAUUGAUACUCAGAGUGAUAUUUCAAUAAAAGGGUAAACUCCAAGAAAUAAUUAGUAUGCUGGAACCUAUACUUUUACUUGCUAAUUAAAAGAUCAAUAUGAUGGAGAUCCAAAUACCUAUGUAUUCACUUUAGUUGUCCAUCCUAAACCAUAAGUUCAAAUCUUGAAGACACAAUAAGAUAUUUCUUCUUUAGUUCCAAAGAAUCAGACUCUAGACUUAACUGGACUCUUUAAGGAUCCAUUCAAUGAGCCUUUUACUAUAAGCAUUACAAUUAAUAGCACAUUAUAUAAUCCAUCAGUUAUUAGCUGGUUGACUUGGAAUUCUACUACUCUUUAAAUGAAUAUAACAGGUUAUAAUAAUUCUCAAGGAGGAAAUCAUUCAAUUUCUAUAAAAUUGGAUGAUUCAAUAACAACUCCAACUGUCAUGAAUUUCAAAGUGGAAAUAAUUUAAAACUGGCCUUUGAGAGUGCUAAAUCCUCUAAAAGAUUUAAUGACACAAGCGAAUUCUCAGUUUAUAAAAUCAAUCAAUAUUACUAACUUAUUUUACGAUCCAGAGGGGCUUGAUUUUACUUAUUAUGUCUAAGAAGCUGAAACAGUAAAGUAAAUGCCAUACUUUGUUUACAAUAAUUUUCCAAAUGGCUCAUUUGCAGGAUAUGCUAGUGAUGCAAACCUUGGAUCCUAUAAUCUUGAAUGUGUAGGAGUUGACAAUGCUAACUAGUCUACAGUUUUCAAAUUUAAAUUCAUUGUCAGGCCUUGUUAUUUUAAAUGUUAAGCUUGUUGGGACAUUGACUAUAAUGCUUGCACAGAAUGCAAAUAAGGAUUCUAUUUCUAUUUCAAUGAAUGCUUAGAUGAGUGCUUCCCCGGUACAUAUCCUGAUGAUGUUGAAAAAAUAUGUAAAAAAUGUCCAAGUGAAUGCUAGUUAUGUACCGGACCAGACAGAAAAUCUGAAUGUUAGAGAUGCAAAGCAGGAUAUUUUUUAUACAAUAAUGGAUGCUGGAAAACAUGCCCAGAUGGAUUUUACGGAGAUAAAUAUGAAGGAGUAUGCAAAAAAUGUAAAGUGCCUAAAUGUAAAGACAAGCAAUACUUUGAUUGGUUUUCUUACCUGGUAAAUGGUUUAUAUAGUGGUCAAUGCUUUGAUUGCCACUUUACUUGUAAAAAAUGUGUGGGUCCUAGCUCCAAUGAUUGCCUACAAUGCAUUUUGGGAUAUGAAUUUGAUGAGUAGAAUUUCUUUUGUACAAAAUGUGAAGAUAUCUAUGGCUAUGAAACUAAUCUUGAAGGAGAAUGUGAGGAUAUAUGUGGUGAUGGUAUAAUCGUAGAAAAAUAGUGUGACGACGGUAACAAAAUAUCUGGUGAUGGUUGUAAUGAUCAAUGUGAAGUCGAAUAUGAAUUUACAGAGGAAAUAUACAUUGAAAAUUCAACAUCAAUAAGUCCUGAAAAUAUGAUUGUCUCUAUUUCAGGAAAUCUGAUGGAAUACAUUUUUUCCUGGAGAAUUGUAGUUGAGCCUAACAAUCCAAUAAUACCUAAUAGACUGAUAAAGCGAUUCGCAAUUAUACUAUUUGACUUUAAAUAGUCUUUAUUAGGCUCUGAAACUUUAAGCAUAAAAUUCCUCAAUGAAACUUAAAUCAUAGAUCCGAAUGGGAACAUCUUGAUUAAUGAUAAGUAAAAGAUAACAAAUCCUAGUCAGUUUAUUUAUUUAACUCCAACAGAAAGAAAAGUUUCUAAACAGGGAGGACAGACUGUAAAGGUCUCAUUCCUUUCUGUCUGUAGCUUUAAUAUAGCUUUUAAAUUACUAAUGAAUUCAUCCAUGCAAUAUCUUUGGGGAUUAGUACAUGCCUUGCAAGUUUUUAACUUCUUGCUUUACAUCAAUAUUGAUUUUCCUGAAAAUGUAGAGUUAUUUUCAGAAUACUUAUCAGUGGCAUCAGGUGAUAUGGAGGAAUUCAACACUUUUAUUCCAAACAUUGCUGACAUUAUUAUCUCUCAAGAUGAACUUCAUGACCCUAGAGAUUUAGCCAUUCUUGAUGAAAAGUUUUAAGAUAGCGAGAUUUCUCCUUAUUUUAUUAUUGCUUUUGGAUAAAAAUUGACACUAUGGUGUGUUGGGCUUCUGCUGAUUUUGCCAUUAGCUUUGCUCUUUCAUAAGAUGUUUAAAAAUGUGAAAUUUUGGGAAGAUAUAGUCGCAGCCUUCUUCUUUAAUGUUCCUUUGAGAACUUUUGUUGAGAUGUAUAUAGAACUGAUUUUAUAAGUUCUUAUCAACAGUAAGUUCAUUAAGAUUAGAAAUUAUAGUUAAACAGUAUCGACUUUGUGUGCUUUUGUAUUCGGAACCUUAUCUCUGCUUUUGCCAUUUUUAGCUAUGACCAUGAUUUAUAGAAAUAGAAAAAUGAUCAAGCAAAAUUCUUGGAAUGAUAGAUUCGGCAUGCUCACUGAAGAAAUUAGAAAACGGAAUAUAAUUUAGUUAUACUACUAUCCAAUAAUGAUGUAUCAAAGGCUCCUGAUAUCCGGUAUAAUUGUUUAUUUCUCACAUGACCCUGGCUUGCAAUGCGGAUUGGUUCUUUCAAUUAAUCUAGUGAUGAUCAUUUAUCUAAUCAUAUACAAGCCAUUUAAAAAAGAAAGCUAAUAGGCAGCAUGUGUAAUUGAUGAACUUAUCAUAAUGCUUUGUGUUUUCGCUUUCCUCUAUAUCUACAGAUCAGAACAAGGACCAGCUUAGUAGAAGGGCACUGGUUGGUUCAUAAUAAUGCUUAUUCUAAUCAGUGUUAUCAAAAAUCUAUGCAUUGUCAUCUACUUUGGAAUAAUUGUAGCCUAAAAUAAAUAUACAAAAAUGUUUAAUGCUGAUGAUGAGAUUCUUGAUUCUCCUGCAUCUAGUAUUAAUACAGAUGAAAGUCAUAUUGAGGAGAUAGAAACUGAAGAUAUUCAUAAGGAAAUAAUAAAAGAUCUCACGAGAGAAAUUUCAUCCAGAUCAACACAACAAUUAAGUCCUUUCACAAAGUUUUAGAGCAAUUUAAAUUCCAUUUUUGAGACAGAGCAAUAAAACAAAUUAAGAAAUUAGCCAAUUAUCUCAAAUAUUAGCAAAGGUUGGAAUAGUUCAUAAUAAUUGAUUUAUAAUGAAAAGAAGUCCUCAUAAAAUUGA